ACCGAAGCGCCACGAAAAACACCCAACAGAAUGUAAACAAAACCCGACAUUCGUGAAUUUUGCACAAAGUAGAAGGCACUUUUUGGUGAAACAGCUUCCGUGUGAGCAAAUUUGCGACGAAACCAUGGCAGAAGAGGCUGAAGCGACCGGCAUUGACAACAAUAGCGAGAAGGAUUUGGCGACGAAUGUGGAAAAUCUCUCCCUGACGAACCAGAAGGUUGAAAAACAGGAAUCAAAGAAAAUUGAUAUUGUACUUCAUGCCACCGGCAGUGCACCGAUCUUGAAGCAGAAGAAAUGGGCAGUGGACCAGGAAAAGCCCAUCAGCGCUAUUGUAAAGUUUAUCCAUAAGUAUCUAAAGCUGGAUGCGGAAGAACGAUUGUUUCUCUACAUAAACCAAACAUUCGCUCCUUCGCCGGAUCAGAUCAUCAAAAACCUGUACGAAUGUUACGGGACCAACGGAAAACUGAUUCUCCACUACGCCAAAACCCAGGCAUGGGGAUAGAGCAGGGAGCCGCUGCUGUUGAACAUGAUUUCGCCCCAAAGAAACGCUUCAUUCCCCCCAACACACCGACCGUAUUAGUUUGUAAUUCAUUUCUUGUAAGCUUAUUCUGAGUGCAGGAAUAAAAAACACGCCAUAAUUCGCUUCGCUGCCGAGCACCAUUUA